GGCUCGGAGCCUGGACCGGCGAGAGCAGCCAGAAAGGGGGUGAGGCUGAGGACGCUGGGAGGGGGUGCAGCUGGUUUUAUCCUGAUGGCUGACUCUAAACCACUCUUCUCCCUUGAUGGGGACCCCUUGGCUGCAGAAGCCUUGCUCCGGGAUGUGUUUGGGAUUGUUGUGGAUGAGGUCAUUCGGAAAGGGACCAGUGCCUCCGAGAAGGUCUGCGAGUGGAAGGAGCCCGAGGAGCUGAAGCAGCUGCUGGACCUGGAGCUGCGCAGCCAGGGCGAGGCGUCGGAGCAGAUCCUGGCACGGUGCCGGGAGGUGAUCCACUAUAGUGUGAAGACCUGUCACCCGCACUUCUUCAACCAGCUCUUCUCAGGGUUGGAUCCCCAUGCUCUGGCAGGGCGCAUUGUCACUGAGAGCCUCAACACCAGCCAGUACACUUAUGAAAUCGCCCCCGUGUUUGUGCUCAUGGAAGAAGAGGUGUUGAAGAAACUCCGGGCCCUGGUGGGCUGGAGCUCUGGGGAUGGGGUCUUCUGCCCUGGUGGCUCCAUCUCCAACAUGUAUGCCGUGAACCUGGCCCGCUAUCAGCGCUACCCGGAUUGCAAGCAGAGGGGCCUCCGGGCGCUCCCACCCCUGGCACUCUUCACAUCAAAGGAGUGUCAUUACUCCAUCAAGAAGGGAGCUGCUUUUCUGGGACUUGGCACCAACAGUGUCCGAGUAGUCAAGACAGAUGAGAGAGGGAAAAUGGUUCCUGAGGAUCUGGAGAGGCAGAUCAGUCUGGCCGAGGCUGAGGGUGCCGUGCCGUUCCUGGUCAGUGCGACGUCUGGCACAACCGUGCUGGGGGCCUUUGACCCCUUGAACGCGAUUGCUGACGUGUGCCAGCGUCUCGGGCUGUGGCUGCAUGUGGAUGCCGCCUGGGGUGGGAGCGUCCUGUUGUCACAGACACAUAGACAUCUCCUGGAUGGGAUCCAGAGGGCUGACUCGGUGGCCUGGAAUCCUCACAAGCUUCUGACAGCAGGCCUGCAGUGCUCAGCUCUUCUUCUCCGGGAUACCUCGAACCUGCUUAGGCGCUGCCACGGGUCCCAGGCCAGCUACCUCUUCCAGCAAGACAAGUUCUAUGACGUGGCUCUGGACACUGGAGAUAAGGUGGUGCAGUGUGGCCGCCGCGUGGACUGUCUGAAGCUGUGGCUCAUGUGGAAGGCACAGGGCGGGCAAGGGCUGGAGCGGCGCGUCGACCAGGCCUUUGCCCUUGCCUGGUACCUGGUGGAGGAAUUGAAGAAGCGAGAAGGAUUUGAGUUGGUUAUGGAGCCGGAAUUUGUCAAUGUGUGUUUCUGGUUUGUGCCCCCCAGCCUGCGGGGGAAGCAGGAGAGCCCGGAUUACAGUGAAAGGCUGGCUAAGGUGGCCCCAGUACUCAAGGAGCGCAUGGUGAAGGAGGGCUCCAUGAUGAUCAGCUACCAGCCCCAUGGGACCCGGGGCAACUUUUUCCGCAUGGUUGUGGCCAACCCUGCGCUGACCCGGGCUGAUAUGGACUUCCUUCUCAACGAGCUGGAAAGGCUAGGCCGGGACCUCUGAGCCUCCUCCUCCUCCUCCUUGCUGCUGGCCCUGAC